UCUACGGAUGCACCGUUUGUAGAGCUUCACGUAGGGUCAACAGUGGCCCUGCGCUAUGGAGUGCUAUCAAUAUUUGCGAAGAUGUGCCCAUGCAGGGUGGUUUAGUCUUGGCAUGGGCCUUGCUGUUCUCAUCAGCUGGAUACUGGGUCGAAGAGAAUGCACAAGCGCCAGAACAAAGUGCCUUUUGCAAGAAGAGCUUGUGCGCAAUCAUACUUGUAUGCAAAACAAGACUGCAAUGUUUAGGUCAGCAGUUGCGAGCUCAACCACGUUGUCCACAGUUGUUUAUGCCAUCGGUGGAGGGGUCGUUGGGCUAAUUGCAAUUGUUCUCAUUGUUGGAUUAGCACUGCACCUACAAGAAAGGUGGCACAGUGCAUCCUACAAGAGGUUGAUAAGCAGCGCACUGAUGCACCAAACUCGUUGCCAUGCAUCUGUUCCGGAAAAGCGUAGAAAUUGGAAACCUUUGCGGUGGCAAGCUCACAUAUUCAGCUGCAGCGCUUUGCGCAAAAUCUGCUUUUUGGAUUUGGACAUGGUCAACAUCACUGGUGUUGGGCUCACUCUGUACCGUUCCACGAUGGUGCUCUUCUUGGGCACAGCAGUCUUAUGCAGAAUCGGAAAUGGAGUGUCUGCAAAGUUUCUGACAUACAUUGAAAAGGAUUGGUGCCAGAGGGAGUUUUCAAGUGCUGAGGCCACAUCCAUAUGGGUCGAAUUGGCGGAAGAAAGGGCCUUGGCCCUGAUGCGACUGUACAUUGUCAUAUCACUUUUGCACUUGUAUCACUUAUACAGACAGGGUGCCCGCAGAGAUGAAUUUGAUCGAACACAUGCGGAGAUGUCUGACUAUGCCUUCAUGGCCUUUGGUUUUCCUCAAACCGCAACACAAAGCAGCAUUGUGGAGUACUUGAAGCAUUCAUUGAGGUCUUUGAAGGUGGAGGAUAUGCACUGGAGACCUGACAUUAUUGGUGUAUCUAUUGGGUAUGACUUUAGAGAUCAAUCAAAGCUGAUUGAGCAUUUGGUUGAAGAGCACCUGAUCGAUGUGGCUGCCAGACGGUCUCUAAGCGAAACAUCUGAUUCUGAUGAGUCUGGAUCCUGCCAUUCUUCAGGCUCCGAAUGCUCUGCAAUUCUUCCAGCGUCGCUGGAACAACAGCGCGCCACUGCUCUAGAACUGGCUGGUUUGGCCCCUGAAAGUAGUGAUGGCGUUGACCAUGCCCUAGAAGUCUUGCGUUCGAUUCCAAAUUCUGGAGCAGUCAUCAUUGUAUGGAAAUGGCCUUGCGAAGCGGUUGAGAUUCUGCAGAGGGUCCAGCAAUGCCUGCACGAGAACAAAUUUGAAGAGAAACAUAGCAUCAACUUGAGGCCAAUGCCAUGUGAGCCACCCUCCAUAAUCUGGACCAAUUUUGCGACUCAUCUUUUCGAGCCCAUUGGUUCGGCGUUUACGCUCUGCGGUCUGAGGAUGAAGUGCUUUCUCAUUGUGAGACAAAGGAAGAUGCUGGCAGCAAAUGCAUUAAUUGUCAGCGCAUUUGUUCUGAUGCUUGUUCUGUACUAUCUUCUGUACAAGUUGGUUUAUGGCAAAGGUCAAUACCCCGAGCAAAUCCUCACAACCAUUGUCACUUGUUGCUGUGCUGUGGGAAACAUACUUCUGAAUCAGCUAGUUUGGUUUGCCUCCCAACAGGUGGGAUACAGAGUGAAGACACACACUGACACCUUUGUAUUGACAUGGUAUGCGGUUGUGGUGCUCACCAACAUGUGCUUCAAUUUCUUCGUGAUCUGCUGGACAACAGGUCCAGUUCCGCAAGAACCACUUGCAGCAAUUCAGUUUGAAUCUGCCCUGGCCUCUAGGCUAGUGGCAUUCUUGCGUGGCUCGCUUAUCUCCUACGCGAUUUGGCCAUUGUACUAUCUUUUCUAUUGGCUGAAAGGCUUUGUGCAAGUACUUUACUUGCACUUGUCGCAAGAUCGAUCUGGACUCACACAAACAAGAUGCAAGUGGAUGGCUGAAAGUGCUGCUGAGCCACCCGAAUGGUACAUGCAGUAUGAUUAUGCAGGAAUCGUGGUGCUGGAAGCAACUUCUUUUAUGUGUCUUUUCAUUUUCGGGUUUGACUCGUGGAGGGUCUUUACUUGGGAUGUCAUGUGGGUUUGUGGUAUGUACUUCUUGAACAAAUAUAUCUAUCUGGGCCUUAGCAAGGAAACGUUUUAUACGUCGCGCAAUCUUGACACUUCAGCAUUGGAGAUGAUGACACUGUCGCUUGGAAUCUUGGGCGGUUGUGUUUGUCACUGGGGAUUUCGAGCUGGUCAGCCGGUGAUGUUCAUCCUGGCUGUGGCCAUCAUCUCACUUCUAUACUUGUGGGCUUUCGAUCGCAUUCUUUCCAAUCCGAGUCACAAAGGUCUUGGGGAAAGAGUGUGGUAUGAUGAUUUGCCCUAUGAGCAGCUUGAGCGGAUGUAUUCCUUCAACUGGUUCAACGUAAACCCUGUUCAUAUGAUGAGGAUACUGCAUGGUGUGGACCAAAGAGAACAACGCAGUGGUUUUCAUCAGCAGGUUGUGUGGCAGCAUGGGCGGGGGUACUUGCAGCCAGACCUAUGUUUUGACUACGAUGGAGCAUUACGAGACCCAGCAGAGUCAGCAGAGGUUGAAAGCGUGGAGGACAUCUCUGCUGCAUCUAUGUUGGUGGACCCUCCCAGAAAUGCCGGAAGACUCGACCUUACAAUGGUUGAUCUAGCAACUCAUUUACGCAUGUCAAAUACGUCCGAUGCCUCGCCUCCCCUUCCCGCCCCCGCAGUCCCACCACCUCCUCCUACGAGCACAUGGAGUCCAAGCCUUGAAUCAAAUCUUGGAAUCGUCAAUUCCAUCUGACCAAUUCGACCUCAAUAAUGCACAAAUAUCAAAAUCAACAAUUUUG